CCUAUUCAACGACUCAUGUUGUUCAUUAUCAUUAUUUCUGUGUUCUUUUUUUUCAGAAAUUUUCAAUCAAAAAUGUCUGACGAUACUAUAAAUAAAUCUAGAAGUGGUUUCGAUCGCAAUAAAAUUUAAUAAAAUUAAAAUCAUGAUUACAGCUGCGAAAUAUUCCAGUUUGUCUAUCUGUCGAGUAUCUAAUCGUAUUUAUUGACUUCAGAGAGCGAGAACGAGAGUGAGAGCACACACAUAUGACGUAUACGCCCCCCUGUAUCGAUUUAAAAGAAAGGCAAAAAGAACGGACACAUUCGAUUGGUCUGUCGUAUUGUCAGACAACACGUAUGUGCUUGCAUAAGGAUCCAUGGUGACCCGAGCGACAGGACACGACCACAACAUUUGCAGGUGCUCUUGAAACAAGACACACAUAUGACAAGGCAGUUUAUAACACACUUUUGCGUUGAGUGGAGCCACGAUUAACGAGCUUAAGUCGUAAUAAAAACAACACAAUGAAACAUCAGCAGGUUGUCGUGGACUAUUGGACUAUGUUCAAAACAUCAGGACUCUGCAUAUUGCUGGCCAUUUCUGGAUUCAUAUUCCUCAAAAUGGUGCAAACCAUUUUCUGGCUGCCCAAUCAUCUCAAGCGCAAUCAGGAGCGCCUCGAAGCCAUAGCCAAGCAAUACGGCAAGGACAUGGAUGAGGACGAGCGAGCUGAAAUCGAAAAGAUCUUCAAUAGCGACGGACCUCUCACCGAGGAGAAACUCAAUAAGUUGCUGGAGAACACUAAGGAUGAACCCAAGAAGGAACAGUAGUUGGCUCAUUAGAAACUUAACUUGUAUAUAAACACUUUUGGGUUUUGGUUUAAAACAAUAUAGCGCAUAUAUAUUAUUUAUGUUAUUAUUACGAGUAUUAUUAUGUAUGUAUGUGUUGAGAAACAAUAAUUUCUAGUUUGCUUUUGAUCUAUGAUAUUACACAUUAGACAUUACACACAUUGCACAUUAAUUAAACAAUUGUGGAAACAAUUCAUAAUUAUUAAUCAAGCAACUCGUUAGUUAUUUUAUUUAUUUAUUCAAGUAGGGUAUAUAGGAUACUUAAAGAGAGGGAGAAAAAAAAACACAACUAAAUAAUUUAUAAAGCAGUUCUAUUUGCUACUGAUAUAUGUGGACUUAAAGCCCUUUCCUGCUUCAUUGGUUUUCUCAUCUUUUCUUUGAUAAACGGAGCGAAUAUGUAUAAUUUGUAGUAGUAUAUAUAUUUGUCCUAUACGAGUACAUGUAUGUUUUCUCUUUUGUAGCUUCGAUUAACAAAGGAUAUUAUCAACAUCAACCUCAUUGUUCCCAAACUAACUCAUAUCAAAUAUAAGCAAGCAUGCCAAUUUACUACAAAUACAAUAUUAUAUUUAUUUACUCUUUGGUUUUUCAUAUAUGUUUUGUUUUCGUUUUUUGUUUUGUUCAUUUUAAAAAGCUCAAAAUAGCGCAAGUCUCUCAUUUUUUCACUUUUUGUAUUUUUCAUUUUUCUACAUUUAUAAAAACAUUCAUUCUACCUUUUUCAUUUUCUUACUUUCCAUUUCGGAUGGCCUUUUACUUUCUA